AUGUCAAGCGACGAAGAUUUGGAAUUGACUCUGGAAGGAGUGGCACAGAUGGAGGACACUUCAGAGGAGGAGUAUGUGCCUCAACCUGCUCCAGACUCUGAUGAGUCAUGGGAAAGUUUGAGACCAGGGGGUAAAGGCAAAGGUGGGAGAGGAAAGGGGAAAGGAAGAGGUCACGCUGAAGGCCAGGGAAGGACACGCUCAAGGGGUGAAGGCAGCAGGUCGCGGUCCAGAGCUCCUUCCAGAGCACCAGGGCGCCAGGGCAGGCAGCGCACCGAAGCUCUCAGGGAGGAGGACAGAGUCCGGCUCGCACAGCUUAGAGCUGCCAGUAUAGCUGAGAUGCAGACGGCUUUACAACAUCUGAGCCAGGAGGAGAAAGAUGUCAUUCUACAGUCAGUGGUGACCCGCCUACCAGGGGUGAUGCUGGACAUCCUGGAGUUCCAGAAGCAGACACCAGGACAUCUUCCAGAUAGAGGGCAGCCCGCGUGGUGCACCUGCCUGAACUGCCGACGCAUGCCGACCCAAAUGAAAAACCUGUGCUGUUGGCAGGCUCCGGACCAGUGCCUGAGCAGGAGUGCCCACCUGGAGAUGUACUGUCUGAAUGAGGCUGAGGCCUUUAUGGAGAGAAGAGAACAGUAG